AUGGACCGGUUGGACCAACUGGCCUGUUCGUCCUAUGGACCGGUUGGACCAACUGGCCUGUUCGUCCUAUGGACCGGUUGGACCAACUGGCCUAUUGGUCCAAUGGACUGGUUGGACCAACUGGCCUGUUGGUCCUAUGGACCGGUUGGACCAACUGGCCUGUUGGUCCUAUGGACCGGUGGGACGAACUUGCCUGUUGGUCCUAUGGACCGGUUGGACCAACUGGCGUGUUGGUCCUAUGGACUAGUUGGACCAACUGGCGUGUUGGUCCUAUGGACCGGUUGGACCAACUGGCCUGUUGGUCCUAUGGACCGGUUGGACCAACUGCCCUGUUGGUCCUAUGGACCGGUUGAACCAACUGGCGUGUUGGUCCUAUGGACUAGUUGGACCAACUGGCCUGUUGGCCGAAUGGACCCGUUGGACCAACUUGCCUGUUGGUCCUAUGGACCGGUUGGACCAACUGGCCUGUUGGUCCUAUGGACCGGUUGGACCAACUGGCCUGUUGGUCCUAUGGACCAGUUGGACCAACUGGCCUGUUGGUCCUAUGGACCGGUUGGACCAACUUGCCUGUUGGUCCUAUGGACCGGUUGGACCAACUGGCGUGUUGGUCCUAUAGACUCGUUGGACCAACUGGCGUGUUGGUCCUAUGGACCGGUUGGACCAACUGGCGUGUUGGUCCUAUGGACCGGUUGGACCAACUCGCCUGUUGGUCCUAUGGACCGGUUGGACCAACUCGCCUGUUGGUCCUAUGGACCGGUUGGACCAACUGGCCUGUUGGUCCUAUGGACCGGUUGGACCAACUGGCCUGUUGGUCCUAUGGACCGGUUGGACCAACUGGCCUGUUGGUCCUAUGGACCGGUUGGACCAACUGGCGUGUUGGCCCUAAGGACUAGUUGGACCAACUGGCGUGUUGGUCCUAUGGACCGGUUGGACCAACUGGCGUGUUGGUCCUAUGGACCGGUUGGACCAACUGGCCUGUUGGUCCUAUGGACUGGUUGGACCAACUGGCCUGUUGGUCCUAUGGACCGGUUGGACCAACUGGCCUGUUGGUCCUAUGGACCGUUGGACCAACUGGCGUGUUGGUCCUAUGGACCGGUUGGACCAACUGGCGUGUUGGUCCUAUGGACCGGUUGGACCAACUGGCCUGUUGGUCCUAUGGACCGGUUGGACCAACUGGCCUGUUGGUCCUAUGGACCGGUUGGACCAACUGGCCUGUUGGUCCUAUGGACCGGUUGGACCAACUGGCCUGUUGGUCCUAUGGACUGGUUGGACCAACUGGCCUGUUGGUCCUAUGGACCGGUUGGACCAACUGGCCUGUUGGUCCUAUGGACCGGUUGGACCAACUGGCCUGUUGGCCCUAAGGACCGGUUGGACCAACUGGCGUGUUGGUCCUAUGGACCGGUUGGACCAACUGGCCUGUUCGUCCUAUGGACCGGUUGGACCAACUGGCCUGUUCGUCCUAUGGACCGGUUGGACCAACUGGCGUGUUGGUCCUAUGGACCGGUUGGACCAACUGGCGUGUUGGUCCUAUGGACCGGUUGGACCAACUGGCCUGUUGGUCCUAUGGACCGGUUGGACCAACUUGCCUGUUGGUCCUAUGGACCGGUUGGACCAACUGGCGUGUUGGUCCUAUGGACUCGUUGGACCAACUGGCGUGUUGGUCCUAUGGACCGGUUGGACCAACUGGCGUGUUGGUCCUAUGGACCGGUUGGACCAACUAGUCUGUUGGUCCUAUGGACCGGUUGGACCAACUGGCCUGUUGGUCCUAUGGACCGGUUGGACCAACUGGCCUGUUGGUCCUAUGGACCGGUUGGACCAACUGGCCUGUUGGUCCUAUGGACCGGUUGGACCAACUGGCGUGUUGGUCCUAUGGACCGGUUGGACCAACUGGCCUGUUGGUCCUAUGGACCGGUUGGACCAACUGGCCUGUUGGCCCUAAGGACCGGUUGGACCAACUGGCGUGUUGGUCCUAUGGACCGGUUGGACCAACUGGCGUGUUGGUCCUAUGGACCGGUUGGACCAACUGGCGUGUUGGUCCUAUGGACCGGUUGGACCAACUGGCGUGUUGGUCCUAUGGACCGGUUGGACCAACUGGCGUGUUGGUCCUAUGGACCGGUUGGACCAACUGGCGUGUUGGUCCUAUGGACCGGUUGGACCAACUGGCGUGUUGGUCCUAUGGACCGGUUGGACCAACUGGCCUGUUGGUCCUAUGGACCGGUUGGACCAACUGGCCUGUUGGUCCUAUGGACCGGUUGGACCAACUGGCCUGUUGGUCCUAUGGACCGGUUGGACCAACUGGCCUGUUGGUCCUAUGGACCGGUUGGACCAACUGGCCUGUUGGUCCUAUGGACCGGUUGGACCAACUGGCCUGUUGGUCCUAUGGACCGGUUGGACCAACUGCCCUGUUGGUCCUAUGGACCGGUUGGACCAACUGGCCUGUUGGUCCUAUGGACCGGUUGGACCAACUGGCGUGUUGGUCCUAUGGACCGGUUGGACCAACUGGCGUGUUGGUCCUAUGGACUAGUUGGACCAACUUGCCUGUUGGCCGAAUGGACCCGUUGGACCAACUUGCCUGUUGGUCCUAUGGACCGGUUGGACCAACUGGCCUGUUGGUCCUAUGGACCGGUUGGACCAACUGGCCUGUUGGUCCUAUGGACCGGUUGGACCAACUUGCCUGUUGGUCCUAUGGACCGGUUGGACCAAUUGGCCUGUUGGCCCUAA